AUGACGCGCGAACGCUUCCUCAAGCAGUCGCUCGGCUCACAGUUCACCAACAUCAAGAACGCGCGCAUCCUAGUCGUUGGCGCCGGUGGCAUUGGCUGCGAACUCCUCAAGAACCUCGUUUGCACUGGCUUCGGCGAAAUCCACCUUGUCGAUCUCGACACAAUCGACCUCUCCAACCUCAACCGCCAAUUCCUCUUCCGCCAUGCCCACAUCAAGAAGUCCAAGGCUCUGGUCGCCCGUGAGGCCGCUUCCAAGUUCAACCCCAAUGUCAAGAUCGAGGCACACCAUGCGAACAUCAAAGACCCGCAAUUCAACGUCGAUUGGUUCCGCGAAUUUGUUAUCGUCUUCAACGCCCUCGACAACCUCGAUGCUCGCCGUCACGUCAAUCGCAUGUGCCUUGCUGCAGACGUGCCACUGAUCGAGAGUGGUACUACCGGCUUCAACGGCCAGGUCCAACCCAUCCGCAAGCGCCUUACCGAAUGCUACGACUGCGCGCCGAAAGAGACUCCCAAGUCGUUCCCCGUCUGCACCAUCCGAAGCACUCCGAGCCAGCCCAUCCACUGUAUCGUCUGGGCAAAAAGCUACCUGUUCAACGAGCUAUUCGGUAUCAGCGAAGAUGAAGCUCCAGAUCUUGAUCACACAUCGGAUGAGAACAACAAGGAGGAGAUCGCCGAGCUGAAGAAGGAGGCUGCUGCUUUGAAAGAGAUCCGCGCAUCCAUGGGCUCAACAGAGUUCCCACACAAGGUCUUUGACAAGGUCUUUACCCAGGACAUCAACAGACUGCUCGGUAUGGAAGACAUGUGGAAGAUGCGCAAGCCUCCAACCGCCCUCGAUUUUGAAGCCGUCAAUGCUGCAGCCGCCAACGUCGACCGCAAGACGAUAGCAGACGACCAGAAGAACUGGUCCUUGGAGGAGAACUUUGCCGUUUUCUCCGACAGCUUGAUUCGUCUAAGCGACCGCCUUGACAAGCUGCGAGCAUCACAAGAAACUGGCAACGCUCCACCGAUAUUGUCCUUUGACAAGGACGACAGGGACACACUCGACUUUGUGGCCGCUGCAGCAAACCUCCGUUCCAUCACUUUCGGCAUCGAGACUAAGUCGGAGUUCGAUAUCAAGCAGAUGGCUGGCAACAUCAUCCCUGCUAUCGCCACCACUAACGCUACCACGGCCGCCCUGUGUGUGUUGGAAGCUUUCAAGAUCAUGCGUGGUGACUGGGCCAAGGCAAAGAUGGUCUUCUUGACAAAGUCGACUGAGCGUGUCAUCAACAAGGAGUCGCUGCGUCCACCCAGACCUGACUGUGGUGUUUGCGCCACUGCCUACGCUAGACUGGUCAUCAACACUGACAAGACGACACUUGAGACUCUUGUUAAGCAAGUCCUGGUCGGCAAGCUCGGCUACAAGGAGGAUGAGCUUGAGGUCAGCAACAACGGCGGCGUCUGGUAUGAUCCCGACAUGGCUAUGGACGACAACGAGAACCUCGACAAGACGCUGAGCGACAUUGGCAUCGUCAACAACUCCACUGUCAUCAUUCGUGGCGAAGACGACGAGGGCGAGCGCGUCAACCUCGAGCUCUCCAUCUCCAACAUGUAUGUUCUUGAACUUCUUCACAUCACUGACUUUGAGACUAACUUGAUUCCAGGNCAAUUCGAUCAAUCCACCGCCGCCACGAUCGACACCUUCACUCUCAUGCCCGAUCUCCAGACCAUCCCCAAAAAGACUCCUGCCUCUACCGCGACAACGACUGACGCUGGACCAUCGAACGGACACAACCUUCCUACUCGUACAUCUACCAAGCGUACCGCUGCAGAUGCCGACUUGGAUGCUGGAGAAACCGAGGCCGAACAAAUCGCCAAGCGUGGCAAGGUCGCCGAGGAGAACAAGAGCGCCAUUGUCGUUGAUGACGAUGGUGCUAUCAUGCUGGACUGA